UCAGAGGAGGAAGAAGAACCCUAGCUACCCCUCUCACUCUCCCACCUCGCAUCCGGCAUCCUCCUCCCAUCGCCUCCUCCUCUCCGCUCGCUGUCUCCGGCGCAUCUUCCCCCUCGCCCCAAGAAUUCCUACCGGGAGCAGAAGCAGCCACCGCCGCCGCCGCCGCAGAGCAGGAGGAAUCCUCCAAGGAGAGAGGGGAUCAGUACUGCGGGAGGAGGAGGAGGAGCGAGACAGGGCAAAGUGAGGAGAGGAUGGUUUCGUUGUCGACGUGGUUCCGCUACGCCGCCCACAAGUUCGAGUACUCCAUCUCCCUCUCAUGGAAGAAGUACAAUGUUGGGCAGAUCAAUAGCACUGAGCUAACUGAUGCUAUAUGGAAAAGCUUCUUCCAAGGCAAGCUCACGUUUGCGCAUUGGACCAAAGGUGGUGAAGCCAUGGCCCCCAUUGUGGCUGCGACCGGAGGAACCGUCCUCGUCAGAAAGCUCGCUGCUUUGACCCCAAAACAAGUCUUUGUUGGGGACAUCGUCUUGUUGAAGGAUCCAGAGAAAUCUGAUGAUUUAAUUGUUCGACGACUGGCUGCCUUGGAAGGCUAUGAGAUUGUCUCUACUGACGAGAAGGACGAGCCCUUUGUACUUGACAAGGAUCAAUGCUGGGUCCUGGCUGAGAACCAAGUACUAAAGGCAAAGGAAGCUAGGGAUAGCCGCUUAUUUGGGCCUGUUCCUAUGACUGAUAUAGUUGGCAGAGUUAUAUAUUCUUUGAGAACAGCCGUUGAUCAUGGCCCAGUGGACAACAGCAAUAUAGCCAUGAGCCAGGAUUCACCGGUUUUGGCGGUAGAGCUCGACGUGGAAGAGCUGGCGAAGAACAAUAAGAUGUAGAUAAUGAUGGCCUGUGGUGUAUCAUUUCCUCAUGCGGGUUCUGUUAUUUGAAAUUAGUUGCUUCGAGCAGAACCUCCAUCUGAAGACUUCUUAGUUGUUCACUUAUCAUCUGGAGAAGUCAAUAAUAUUUCACCACAACAAAUAAGCAUAUAUGUUUGACGAAUUUUGAUCUUCCCCAUGUUUCAGUUGUUCUUUUUGCAUUUGUGCUUUCUUUUGUUGUUCAGAAGUCAGAACCUCCCCCUUGAAGACUUCUUCGUUGUUCA